AUGUCUCAAACCGUCCUAUUAACUGAUUCAGCUGUUAUUGACUCGCCCUCUAUCCAAACUUCAGACUGGCGAAACGAUUUACAACGUGACGGUUAUUAUGUAGUAAAAGGCGCUAUUCCACCGGAGCGCGCAACUCAAUAUCGCCAGCAGUCCCUCGACUGGCUAUCAUCAUUCGGCACGGCCCUCAACAUCAACGACCCCAGCACUUGGACCGCCAGUAACCUACCUGUGCACAGCAAAUUCAACCUGUUCAAACACUACGCCGUGAGCCACGAGCGCUUCAUGUGGGAGGUGCGCAUGGAGCCCGGUGUCCUUGGCGCGUUUGCGCAUCUCUGGGGAACCGACGAGCUACUCUCGAGUUUUGACUCUCUGAAUGUCACGCUACCGAACCGAAUCGACAAGCCGAGAAAUGAAAGCUGGGAACAUAUAGACCAGAGCCCUCUGCGUGACGGUCGCUGCUGUGUGCAGGGCUUCGUGAACCUGUCACGCGCGGGGCCGGAAGACGGGGGUCUAGUUGUGUACCCGGGGUCGCACAAUCUAGUCGAGGAGUUCUUCGCGACACAGACGGAGAAGAGGAGUUGGUCUGAGAACGACUUCUUCCCAUUUUCGUCGCAGCAGCUGGAGUGGUUCAAGACUAGGGGAUGUCAGCCCCUAAAGGUGUGCGCUGAGCCGGGAGAUCUUGUGCUCUGGGAUAGUCGGACGAUUCACUACGGUGGGGAGCCGGGGCCUGCGAGUCGAGAGAUCAGGUCGGUAAUCUACGUUGCGUAUGCGCCGGCUAGUUGGGCGGUUCCUGCUGCGCUGAAGAUAAAGACUGGUAUCUUUGAAAGAUGGGGUGCUACGUCGCAUUGGCCACAUACGAACAUCCGAGCCAUUGAUCUGAAAGCAAUGCUUCCAAAUGGUGAAAGGGAUCCAAGGGAUAGGGAGGAACCACUUGUAAAACCUAUAUUAACGGACAAGCUACUGAAACUAGCUGGAGUAGUAUCAUAUUAG